UGGCAACCCAAAAUUUACACUUCUUCUGCUACUGCCGCUGCCAUUUCUGCUUUCAAGGUAUGCGUAAGCUUCCUUCUGCUUUUAUUCUUCGUUCGGUUGUUAAUGCUGGAAGCCUUCUUUCUAAUUUACACUCUUUUUCUUCUUCUUCUAACACCAUUGCUGCCUACAUCGACUGCCUAAGUAAGACACCCAUGUCCAUGCCUGUUAGAGGAAAGGGAAAAAGAGACCACCGCUUCGAUAAUGUUGAUCAUGCUUUGAUUUUGUUCAAUAAGAUGAUUGGCAGGUGCCCAGUGCCUUCAAUUCUGGAAUUCACUAAAUUAUUUGCAGCCAUUGUUAGAAUGAAACAUUAUGCCAUUGUUGUUUCUAUGUGUAGCCAGAUGGAAUUAUUAGGCGUUUCCCAUGAUGUUUAUUCUGUGAGCAUCUUGAUUAAUUGCUUUUGUCAAUUAGGUCGAACUGAUUUUGGGUUUUCUGUUUUGGGGAAAAUGCUGAAGUUAGGUGUUAAGCCUAGUGUUGUAACUUUUUCAACUUUGAUUAAUGGGCUUUGUAAACAAAGAAAGAUUUCUGAGGCCGUUUGUAUGUUCGAUGAAAUGACUGAAAAAGGGUAUCAACCUGAUUUGAUUAUUUACAGUACAAUGCUUAAGGGGUUGUGUAAGGCCGGUAAUACUGGUAGAGCUGUUAGGUUUCUAAGACUGAUGGAAGGCAGAGGUUAUGAACCCGAUAUUGUAGCAUAUAGCACUGUCAUUGACUGCCUUUGUAAGAACGGUUUGUUACAGGAGGCUCUCAAUCUCUUAUCUGAAAUGAAGGGUAAGGGCAUUAGACCAAAUAUCAUUACUUACACUUGCUUAAUUCAUGGUAUGUGUAAUUCAGGCCAGCAGGAGGAGGCAACAAGGCUCUUGAAUGAAAUGGUGGAUAACAAUAUUUCACUUGAUAUUGUCACAUAUAAUUUAUUGAUUGAUGCUCUCUGCAAGGAAGGAACGAUUUCUAAAGCUGUAGAGACCGUUGACAUGAUGAGAAAGCAAGGCAUUGAGCUUAAUGUUGUCACGUAUAAUACAUUGGUUGAUGCGCAUUGCAAGGAAGGGAUGGUCUCUGAAGCUAAGGAUAUUGUUGACGCAAUGAUAAAGCGAGGCAUUGAGCCUGAUGUUGUUACCUAUAGUGCAUUAAUCAACGGCCAUUGCUUGCAGAAUGAAAUGGAUAAAGCUAGAAGAGUUUUCAACUUGAUGAUUGAGAAGGGCUGUGCAUCUGGUAUAGUAACUUACAGCACCAUGAUCAAUGGAUAUUGCAAAGGUAAAAGGUUAGACAAAGCAAUGGAACUCUUUCAUGAAAUAUCUCGAAAGGGACCAUUACCGGAUACUGUCACAUACAACAUUCUUAUGCAGAGUAUGUUUCAGUUAGGGAAAGUUUCAACUGCACGUAAACUUUUUAGAAAGAUGCUUGCCUCUGGACAAAUUCCAGAUAUAGCUAUCUUUUUUAUUUUGCUGGAUGGUUUAUGCAAAACAGGUCAUAUCGGAGAGGCAUUGAAACUUUUUCAAGCAAUGCAAAACAGUGGGUUGGAACUUCAUAUUGUCCCGUAUACUAUCCUAAUUGAUGGGUUUUGUAAAGCUGGGCAUAUCAAAUUUGCCAAGGAAUUAUUUCAUCAACUCUCAAACAAUGGUUUAAAACCGAAUGUUUACACAUAUUGUGUAAUGAUUAAUAGACUGUGUAAAGAGGGAUUACCAGAUGAAGCAUACAGGUUGUUUGGGAGCAUGGGAGAUAAUGACUGUUUGCCUAAUAGCCGCUGUUAUAAUGUAAUGAUUCGGGGGUUCCUUCGCAACAGCUAUACUUCAAAGGCAAGGCAACUUCUUAUGGAAAUGGUUGGUAAGGGCUUUUCUGCAGAUAUAAUCACUGCCCAAUAUCUACACUUCUUCUGCUACUUCCGCUGCCAUUUCUGCUUUCAAGAUAUGGGUAAGCUUCCUUCUUCUUUUAUUCUUCGUUCGGUUGUUAAUGCUGGAAGCCAUCUUUCUAAUUUCCACUCUUUUUCUUCUUCUUCUAACACCAUUGCUACCCACAUCGAAUGCCUAAGUAAGAAACCCAUGUCCAUGCCUGUUAGAGGAAAGGGAAAAAGAGACCACCACUUCGAUAAUGUUGAUCAUGCUUUGAGUUUGUUCAAUAAGAUGAUUGAAAAGUACCCAAAGCCUUCAAUUGUGGAAUUCAAUAAAUUAUUAGGAGCCAUUGUUAAGAUGAAACAUUAUGCCAUUGUUGUUUCUAAGUAUAGAAAGAUCGAAUUAUUGGGAGUUUCCCAUAAUGUUUAUUCUAUGAACAUCUUGAUUAAUUGCUUUUGUCAUUUAGGUCGAAUUGAUUUUGGGUUUUCUGUUUUGGGGAAAAUGCUGAAGUUAGGUGUUGAGCCUGAUGUUGUAAUUUUUUCAACUUUGAUUAAUGGACUUUGUAAUCAAAGUAAGAUUUCUGAGGCCGUUUUGUAUGUUCGAUGAAAUGACUGAAAGAGGGUAUCAA